AUGAGGGAAAUACCUGCUAAGAAACGAUUCAUAAAGGAGUUCGUAACGAAGGACGGCCGCAACGUUGAGAUAAGAAUGCUCUGCUCGAUAUCAGCUAAGGUUCAUUGGAUGCCAGAGAUCUAUUAUAAAUUCGGUAAGGACUUCGGUCGAGGGUUCCUCGAACGGGAAGCCACGAUUGACGUUGAAGAGGUUUUAAAGAAGUAUACUUUGGAGGAGCUGUUGGAGGAUGGCGAACCUCUAGAGAAGGCCAUUGCUGAGAUAAAGCUUAGACUGGAUGACGCAGCAGCGUAUGGUGCGCUGAGCAUAUACCAUAAAGUGUCCUUCGACCAUGCCGAGACCACCAUCGUAUUUGUUGACCCCGAGGUUGACGAUGAGGAUGAGUACUAG